AUGGCACCUCCGAAGCCUGCGCAAGGGAGAACAGGCCCUCCUGACUCUGGACCAAAUCCGCCGUAUCUACCAGAUCAACCAAUUCCACAGACUGCGGUGGGAGAGUCGCCAAACGCCGCGGGUAGACCUCUGGACGCGUGGGGUAGACCUCGAAACCGGGUGGGCAGACCGCGAAACUCUGUCUUCAGACCAUCAACUCCGGUGGGCACAUCACCAAACCCUCUACCAGGAGACAAUAUUUUCAGCCCAGUGCAGUCAUCAUCGGCGCCGCUUCCGGGAAGUCCUCUUCAGAGAUCAUUCUUCGCAAACGGCCCGCUGCUUGGUAAUACACCUGGUAAUACCGCAAGUCCUGCAUUGACCUGGCUUCCUCCUACAACUGGCUCUGUCCCAAUCACUCUUAUGCCAAGUAUGCCAGGAUCAACUGCGCUUGCGGCACCUGGUCUGCCCCCUCCAGCCGGCUCGCCUUAUCUUCCCACUGGCUAUCUCCCUGCUAGUCUACCUCCUGCUGGUUUCCCUCCCGCUGGGUUUCCUCCGGCAGGCCUUCCUCUCACUGGUAUUCCAAAUGCUGGCCCUCCUUUGCCUGUCGUCCGCCCCAUGGGUCCACCUCCCGCUGGUUUACCUCCAACUGGUCAUACGUCUGGUCACCCUUCUCCGGCCCACGUAUGGCCUCCCACUACACCUCCACAACAUCCUGCGCCUCCUUUCAAUCCCUAUUAUCCUUACGCAUACGUGGAAGAUAUCGAGGAGGAGGCCCGAAACCAACAGGCACUGGAAGAUAGGAUCGAAUACUUGAGCGACUGGAUCAAUGUAAUUGAUUAUCUGGCGAAGAAAGGCUACUACCGAACCGAAGCCAUGCUCCGCGCAGAAUCGGCCAACCAAGAACUCCCAAAAGACACCGAAGCCAAACCCACACCUGCGGGACCACCACGCUACUUCGAAUUCUUCUCACGCAUGAGAGCAUGGACCGACGACGUUCUUGACACAUACAAGCCGGAAGUUAAGAGACUCCUUUGGCCAAUGUUCGUCUACUCCUACCUCGACCUGGUGAAGCUAUUCUAUCCCAAAGAAGCACAACGUCUGUUCCAGAAGUUCUCGGACGACUUCAAGCCAGAACAUGAAUACGACCUGCGCGGUAUUCAAUUCAUGACACUACCUGAACAUGGAGAAGAAAAGAUUGGCAAACUGUACAGCGAGAACCGAUAUCGCCUCUAUCUCACCCACCACGCAUUCACUGCCUUCAUGUCCUUCCUCGAAAGUCUACCCGACACCGGUUUCAAGCUGAUGCUCGCCAUUAUCCAGGACCACCUUGACAUCCGCGAGGUUGACCGUGCGUCAGAUGAUCGAUUCAGUUUCGCCUCUGUCAUCUCACGAGGCAAGGAAGGUAACGACAUGCCGGCCGAAGAUGAGGGCAUCCCAGGCCAUCGUCCAGGCAACGCCAUCUCCUCCACCGACCCCAACGUCGGCAACAACCUCGCCACUCUCAAGCUGGGCAAAUUACCCCUGGAGAAAGAUCUGGAGGAAGACUUACGGGGUGACCUCAUGGAUCUCGACCUGGAAGUGGAAACCAAAGCAGGACGAGAGUCUCUGAUACAAACCCACGAACGACUCAACAUCAAGCAAGAAGACGACGAUGAAGGUCCAACCCGUAAUGAAAUCCCAUACCCUCCAUCGACGGCACGCGACGUUGCCAUUGAAGUGAUGAAGGUCCGUGAAGUCCGCGACCGUGUGAAGAUAGAGUCUCGCACCGGCGGCGUCGGACCAGCCGUCAGCGUGGUCAUGUACACGUUCCACAACACCAAAGACAGCAUCACUUGCAUGGACAUCUCGGGCGACUCCAACUUCGUCGCAGCGGGCUUCUACCAAUCCGUGAUCCGCAUCUGGUCCAUGGACGGCAAGCCCUUCGGUCCCGAAGUAGGCGGCCAGAAACAGAACAACCAUCGUCUCAUCGGCCAUACCGGCCCCGUCUUCAGCGUCUCUUUCGCCCCGGCCGCAUAUCGAGCCGACCCAAAGCCCGACCCGUUAGCCGCACAGACGCAUGCGCGCUGGCUUCUGUCGUCCAGCGGCGACGGCAGCAUCCGUCUCUGGAGUCUGGACGCCAUGGCUCAGAUCGUCCACUACCGCGGCCACGUCGGACCCGUGUGGGAUGUGAGAUGGGGACCCUUUGGCCACUACUUUGCCAGCUGCGGCGCCGACCGAACCGCACGAAUCUGGCAGACCGACAAGAUCAAGGUCGUCCGUCUUCUCGCCGGCCACGACGACGACGUCGACUGUGUCGCAUGGCAUCCAAACUCUAGCUACGUUUUCUCUGCCUCGUCCGACAAAACCGUCCGCAUGUGGGCCGUCACCAAUGGCAACCCUGUGCGCAUGUUCACCGGUCACACUGCCACGAUCACCGCAUUGGCAUGCAGCCGCGACGGCAAGCUGUUGGCCUCUGCCGACGAAACCGGUGUCAUCCUCGUCUGGGACCUCGCGCCAGGUCGCCUGCUCAAGAAACUGCGCGGCCACGGCAAAGGCGGCAUCUGGUCCUUGACCUGGAGUGUCGAAUCGAAUGUGUUGGUCUCCGGCGGCCAAGAUUGCACUGUGCGUGCCUGGGACAUCGCCGGUCCGGCGAAGGAAGCUGCUGCUGCGCCUGCAUCAGGGAAGGCCGAUGGUGCUGGUUCGGUUGGUGCUGGUGGUGCUGCAGCCACAGCUGCCACUGCUGCUGGCAAGGCAGAUGGCGCCAACAAUGUCGGCGGCGGUGGCAAUGCUGCUCCGCCAUCUUCCAUCAACUUGGCCUCGUCGGCGUCUGGUGGUGUCGGUGUUGGUGCUGGUGCCGGCAAUGGCGCCACUGCCGGUGGAAUGGGUGGUUCGACCGCGUCGGGCCACAAGAAGCGCGGCAAGGAGGCCGGGGUGAGCAACGACCAGAUCUCGGCGUUCCUCACCAAACAGUCGCCCGUCUACUUGACCAAAUUCACCAACAUGAAUUUGGUCCUGGCCGCUGGCGCUUACUUGCCUGAACAGGCCAAGUAG